CCGACCUCCACCUCCGCAAGUUCAUCUACCCACCUGCCAACUUUCAACUUCGCAAGAUGCGCGCGGGCACACUCGCCCUCGUUCUUGCGUCUUUAAUACCGGCCGUCCAUGGAAUAUGGCCAUUCAAACAGAAGCGCUUUACAGCGGAGGCGCUGUACAAUGCCGGGCGCCUUGGAUUGCCUGAAGAUUCUGGGCGUGUCGUCGCGAUCGGCGACGUCGACGGAGAUCAGAACUCCGACCUUUUUGUUUUGAGUAAAGACAGGAAAACGAUUCAUGUCAUGGUGUGGAAGCGUGACUCCUUCAUGUACGAGGAGCGGGAUAAGCUCGUUUUCGAGCACGAAAUCACGAAUGUCACACCAGCAGACUUCAACGGUGACGGGAGGAUGGACCUUCUGGUGAUGUGGGGGGGCAACAGUGGCGGUGGUUGGUGGGGGAACAGCGGCAAGAUGUCGACAGACAUGGAGAUCGUAAUGGGCCACAGGGACGGCUUGUCCAAGGGCGAGCGGUGGAAAAUCCCCUCCGCCGCGAUAGCACAGCCAAUGCUCUUUGACGACGAUCACAAUCUUGCUCCUGCGCUGCUUGGGCUCGCGGAGACGCCCGACGGGCCCAAGAUGAGGGCGUGGCGAAACACCGGCUCGACACUGCGCUUGUUCACCCCCAUGUUCUCUCCACCCGACCAGGUGUGCCAGAUUAUUCACCCCCCUGUCGGAGCCCACUCGUCCGCAUUUGUCGACAUGGACGGUGACUGCGCGCCCGAUGUUGUGUUACAUUGUGGCGGAGCCAGAGCAAACCACCGCUCGCUCCAAAUCUGGCUCAACCGAGGCGAGCAAGGGUACAUCCUUAGCAACAGUUGGCCAUUGCCAGUCGGGUCGCGAUCAAUCACGUAUGCGGACAUGAAUCGCAACGGCGCUAUGGACCUAAUCUUCUCGACAUGUAGCAAGGCAAAAAUUACCACGGGGUUGGGUGACAACUGCAAGAUCCACGUUGCGUACAACAAGCAGGCGCGGUUGUGCGACACCAAGUCCUCGCAGUUUGCUGCGGGCGGCCGGUUGAUAUGCCGCGGCUACGAGGAGUUGUGCAGUGCGGACCCUCACUUCGACUUCCAAUUCUGGGAAAACAGCCCGGACUUCCCCACCGUGUCAAUAGAGAAGCUAUUCCCUGGCUUCAAGCUUAUGAUCACCGUCCCGGGUCAGAGCGACAUCCCACUUCCGCUUCGGCCAGGCGACUUCGAUGUCGAUGGUUUCCCCGAUCUCCUGAUCACGAUCAGUGACGGCAAGAAGUCUCUCGUCAAAGUACUACACAAUGUCCCCUGCGGGAAGGGCGUGCCGGGCUGUGGCGAAUACAGCGCAUCGUACAGUCGCGGAUUCCAGGUGCUCGGCGGAAAGGGGUGGGAGGCGCUCGAGGAGAUUGAGGACGCCGUGGGCGCGAGCUGGAUUGAUCUUGACGAUGAUGGUUCGCUUGACAUUUUGGUGCAUCGCACAGGUGAACAGACUGGCGAGACUGUCACAUUCAUCCAAAACAACUUCUAUCACGACGCCUUUUUCCUCAAGGGACAAGUGCUCAACGGCGCGUGUGAUAGGAGACAAUGCGUCCCAGCAGAUGGUGGCAAACCCUACUCCGCACUCGGUUGCAGCAUUAGUGGGGCCACUUUCAAGUUCACGUCCUUUGAUACACGAGGGAAUCGACAUGCCCAGAAAGUCGCACAGCUUCCCCAGACAUGUUACCACUCGCUUCUAUCGCCGCACACUUUCAUGGGGCUGGGCCGUACGAACAACUACAUCGAGAAUCUCAAGGUCGGUACGUCACUCAAAUCAGACGAGGAUCGAGUAACGUCGCUGGACGGCGUGAUUCCCAACUCGCAGGUGAUACUCAACCCACCAUGGGCUCGUGACCCGCGCAGCAAUGAGUCAGUGCUGUACCGCUCCACGGAGUGGCGCACUGAGCUCUUCCUGCACCCGGGCGACUGGAUCCCAUGGGUCGGGGCGGCUGUUGUUGGGACGGUGGUGACCCUCGGCAUGGUGGUGGUGUGGCUCGGCGAGCGCGAGAAGCGGGAAGACGAGAAGGAGCGGCGACGAGCGCUGCACGCGAUUAACUUCCAAGCGUUGUAGCAUACAGCUAGAAGAUGAGGAAGAGUUGGGCCUCAAGGUGGAGCUUCUUCAAACAUGCUUACAGUGCGGGGUAGGGCAUCCGAGAUGGUCCGGGAUGUAGCCCAGACAAGCAGGAGAGUCUCCAAGGUGAUGUGAGCGUGGCUGCACGACCACCAUGCAAUGAA